AUGGCCGUCUCGGUUCUCCAGAUGCCAUUGCGAGCCGCGGCUGCAGAAGGCCAAUGCACAAUCUGAUCAUCCCGCCCGAUCCAGCACAGCAAUGUCAUCCCAGGACCGAAACAUGAAGCAGGUCAUUGACCAGAAGCUGAUCAAAACAGGCGAGAAGGACAGACUCAAGGAGCUUCUGAAGCAACGGCUCGUCGACUGUGGAUGGAGAGACGAGCUCAGGACAUAUUGCCGAGAGGUCAUCAAGGCAAAGGGCUUGGAGAAAGUGGGCGUCGACGACCUCAUUGCCGAGAUCACCCCUGUUGGUCGAGAAAAGGUCCCUGAGAGCGUCAAGGCCGAGCUACUUCAAAAGAUUCGCAAGUUCCUCGUCGACGCGGACAACUAAGGGCCAGCGAUGCUUCUCGCCUCAUUCGUGGGGAAUUCCUGUGCCCUUCCAUCGCGCCUCUUGGCUCUUGAUACUUCAGGAUUGAUGGCCGAGCCAUUGGGUGGAUGAUUCAACGCACGACGGCCUGUAGCUGGGCGCUUUGACUGGUCUGGGCGAAAGAGGCCUGCUCCGAGCCCUUGACAGCGUCUCACCGACGAGCCAACCCGCCUCUCCAAAUAGACCGGCGUAUCCAAUGUGCCAUUGCCGAAGAAAG